AUGAGGCUGUCACUACCUUUCAUUGCGCUCUGCGCAGUCCCGGCCGUUGUUGGUAUUGCUCUCCCAGACGGCCCCUUCGAGAUCAAGGAGCAUGAGCACAAGGAGCAUGAUCACCAUGAUCACCAUGAUCACCAUGAUCCUGACCUGGUCAAGCACCAUCACAAGGACCACGAUCAUAAGCACAAGCAUCUUCAUCCCCAUGAGCAUAUCCACAUCACCAAGCACAAGCAUCCCAUCAAGCCUUGCGCUGUCCUCACUGAGGAGAAGACUUGCAAGCUCUUCCACUAUGCCACCAAGGACGUCGAGGAGCUCAUUCAUGCUGUCCAGACCUAUGACUGUGGCAGCGAUGCGGAGUGUUGGCAUAAAAUUGUUCACAGGAUCUACAGCCUUGAGCAUGGGCUGGAUGCCUUUGACAAGUACGUGGACAGCACCACUCUUAAGAAGUGCUUCAGCUGUGGAAACGACUCUCCUGUAGUUGGCUGCUUCCUUCACUAUGCCGAUGCUCUGAUCCGCCUCCUGAAGCUCCUGCGGCACCAGACCAAGACUCUUGAUGGGGAGGUUGAACGACCUGUCCUCACUGCCAUCAACAGUCUUCGUGUUUCCAACUAUGCCUUGGUCUAUGAGAUCAGUCGCCGCGUUGAGUGCAAGAAGAGCCUCAAGAUCAUCAUGUCCAAGCAGGGUGCCAACGAUGGCUCCACCAAGGGCAGUGUCCAGGCCGCCUUUGAGAAGUUCCCCCACACUCCUCUGAUCACAGGCGAGAACUUCAAGGACGGAGUCUCGUUAGACAAGACCGACGGCAAGGAGGAUUCCGAGGGCGAUGGAGAGCACAAGCACAAAAAGGUGCACAAGCACUACCACAACCAUCACCACGGGCACAAGCAUGGGCACAAGCACGGCCACGGACAUGGCCACCACCACGGACAUAAGCACGGCCACAAGCACGAGAAUGAGCAUCACUACGAGCACAAGCAUGAGGACCGGCACGAGGAUAAAGAUCCUGAGCACGAGCAUGAGUAUGAUCAUCAACACAAGGGUCCCCACGAUCAUCACGAUGAGGUUCGUGUCAACGACCGGGAUCCUAUCUCUUCUGACAAGGACCAUUACUAA